UACUAAAUUUGUCGUCUUGAAAAAUCUAAUCUUUUUUCUUUACUGAGUUUAAGAAACGCGACUUUGGUAUUUGACAGCUUCGAAUUCAGAAAAGCGACUCUUUACCAAAAAACGAAAUAAAUUUGGGAAUGUUCUUGGGAAGACGACGGCGGAGCAACCAGCAGCCACGGCGGAAUGUCUCGGAAGAGAGCCUUGUAUAAGUUAUUAGAGCCCCGUCCACAGCCUCCGGCGCCGCCACCGCCUCCUCCUCUCCCUCUUCCUCUUCCGGACCUCUCCCCGGCGCUUUCUGCUCUCACCCCAGUAGAUGCCUUAUCCGCGAAAUCGCAAUUAACACAGCUCACCACUCUCCUCAAAGCGCACCUCAAGAAGAGCUCGAUCACCAUCACGCCGAAGGACCUCCUUCUCUUCUUCAAAUCUCGACUUCGCCACCACCCCAGGCUGAGCCAUCUCGAUUUCUAUCUCUUCCGUUACGCCGCCACACUCGACUCGUUCCGCCAUGAUCACACCACAUUCGAGUAUAUGGUGCGCUCUCUUGUGAGCACGAACCGCCUGGAUUCUCUCACCACGCUUUUGGAGUUCAUCGCUUCCAAUCCUUGCCCGUGCUCGGACGGUAUCUUUUCUUGUUCUAAAACUGAAUCAAUAUUCCGCGUUUCCAUCGAUUCGUUUUGUAGGACUGGUCGAUUUGAUGAUGCACUCUAUGCGUUUGAUGUUAUGAAAAGGUCAAUUGAUGGUAAGCCGAGUGUUGCAUUGUAUAAUAUUGUGAUCCAUGGUUAUGUUAAGUUUGGGAAAUUCGAUAAGGCGCUUGAAUUUUAUAGAAAGAUGAUUCAGGAGAGGGUGAAACCUGAUGUCGUCACCUUCAAUAUUUUGAUCAGUGGGUAUUGUAGGGAUAACAAAUAUAGUUUGGCAAUGGAAGUUUUUGAGGAGAUGAAACAGAAAGGGUGUGUUCCUAAUGUGGUUACCUUCAAUACCUUGAUCAAGGCAUUCUUUAGGGAUGAAAAGGUUGAGCAGGCAGUUGGGAUGGCUAAUGAAAUGAUUGAAUUGAGGUGUGGGUUUUCAAGUGCUACAUGUGAUAUUCUGAUCGACGGGCUAUGCAGAAAAGGGAAGGCCAUGGAGGCAGCUGCUUUCAUGAUUGAGUUUUUGAGAAAAGGGGUUUUGCCAAAAGGGUUUGAUUCAUUUGUUUUAACAGAGACACUUUGCAUCCAUGGGAAGCCGGAGAAGGCACUUGAAUUGGUGGAUGAGCUCUGGGACAAAGGUUAUGCUCCUAGCUUGGUUUCUUGCACAACUUUGAUUGAAAGUUUAUGUAAAAUUGCACAGAUUAAGAAGUCUGUUAAGUUGAUGGAUAAAAUGCUGAAUGAGGGCAUCAUCCCGGAUGGCGUGACGUUCACUUGUUUGCUUGGCUACAUGUGUCGUGUGGGAGAAACAUUGGAAGCCAAUAAAUUGAGGUUGUUGGCUUCUAGGAAGGGCCUGGAUUCUGAUGGUAUGAUGUACCGGAUUUUAAUUUCAGGCUGCAUCAGUGAAGGCAGGAAGAGGGAGGGGGAAGUUCUGGUGAAUGAGAUGUUGGAUGGAGGGUUUAUUCCUGAUAUUGCAACUUACAAUAAAUUUAUGUAUGAUCUUGCUGCAUCGAAAGGGCUACCGUGAAUGGAUGUUAUUCUUAUUCAUGGUAUAAUCGCUGAAACUUUCUGCAUCCAGGAUCAAUGACUUCCACCACAUCUUGUGACAGAAGAUACGAAGGGCUACGGCAGUAGCAAGAGUCUUUCUCCAACACAGACACAUCAAAGAUGCAGGCAACUCAGCACUGGAAUCCCGAUGGCAAACCUUCUAAAGAAGAGGGAGAUACCGAGUUCACACGAGCAGGCCGAGCCAGGCCUCAUCGAUGAAACAGCCUAUAUAUGACGAGCAUUCCAAGGCCUGUACCCAAUCCAAGCCGCAUAGGCAGUAUUGCAUUAUGGAAGUAUUCAGUCGCUGAUUCAUCAACAGAUGCUGCAACUAUAGAAUCAAUAUUCCAAAUUGAUGUAUAUUUUUUUAGUGCAAAUCUUUGUUUCUUGUCCUCUUAUAACACCAUUGCUGGUCUAAAGACUUGAAUCAAGACUUAAAUUCUAAAUCAGAACUGCCGGGGGUUAAACAACUCGACGGAAAAAAACACUAGGCAAACCAUGUGUGGCAGAUGGACCUGAAGCAUUGGGGGUUUGAAUCCAUGACCUCACAGUUACAAAUCCA